AUGGACGGCGCCUGGAGAUGGUCCUUGGGUUUGGUCUACAUCGUUGCAGUCGCCGCCAUAUGGAUCGCCGCCAGCUACAUCGUCCAGUCGGUCGUCGACGGGGGCGUCUCUCCUUUCCUGAUCACAUACAUCUGCAAUACCCUCUUCAUCAUCUACAUUCCAUUAGCGGAAAUCACGAGGUUCGUCGAGGAUCAUGUUGAAGGAACGAGGCUUCCUGGCAACGACAAGAUCAAGAACAAGAACUCGGCGCCACAGUCGGGGGAUUUAGAGUGCGUAAACCUCCUGCCGAGGAGCCAUCCUCAGGAGGAGAAGCCUGCAUCUGCCGCAGCGAGCCACCAUGAAGAGGAAGAGCCUGCAGAAGGUCUGGCAAGCGAAUCAACCCAUCCGGGGGCAAUCGCCACUGACGGAGCUGAUGAGAAAGGGCGGUGGAAUCGCACUCGGGUGGCCAGGGUCAGCCUCUUGAUCUGUCCCUUCUGGUUCGGUGCUCAGCUGUGCUUCAACCUCUCUCUAAAGUAUACCACUGUCACGGUGAGCUCCUCCUCCCCUUCCACCACCUCCUAUCCGAGUUUCAAUCUCAUAGCCAAGCUGAUUUCUGCUGCAUCCCCUCUAAAUUUUCUGCAGUCAAACACCAUCUUGAGCAGCUCUUCCAGUCUCUUCACCUUCCUGGUGUCCUUGGUGUUCUUGGGCGAGGCAUUCACCUGGGUGAAGCUGGCGGGUGUUCUUCUCUGCAUGGGAGGGACUGUGAUGGUGAGCCUGGGCGACACAGAGGCAGGAGCGAGGGCGGUGGCCUCCGAGAGCCCUCUCCUUGGAGAUGCCCUGGCUCUCAUCUCUGCGCUGCUCUAUUCGGUCUACAUUACUCUGAUUCGCAAGAGGCUUCCUGAUGAGGAAAAGGGCGAAGGUCGGGCUAGCAUGGCCCACUUCCUAGGUUACCUGGGGCUGUUCAAUCUUUGCAUCUUCCUUCCUGCCGCCCUGGUUUUGGAAUUCACAGAGCUGGAGUCCUUCCGUAAGCUCAGCUGGAACCAGCUGGGUCUCAUCAUCGGCAAAGGUCCGUAUCAAGUAUUAUUUUUUCUCUGGUUUCAUGCUGCCGUGGAGGAAAAGAUAACUCCUAUAACCAUAGUUUUUUUUUUUAUCUGCAUCCGAAUUAUGAAUUCUGAGACAAUUUAAACUGGAUAAUUAAUCCUCCUCCUCAGGGCCGUUGGACAGCAUUCUCUGAGACUGCCCCUGUGAGGGAAGGCUCUGAUAGAACAGCAGAAUCACAUAUAAAUACUAAGAGGAGAUAUUUUUAUUCACUUGCCCAGUAAAAGUCUUCAGGAAUAUGGUCCUGUUCAUGAAUCGUAGCAUGGAUGGGAGAAUCAUACGGCCCCUGUUCAUGAAUCAUAGCAUCCAUGGGAUGAUAGAUUUUUCUAAUCCUAUCCUUGUUACUGGUUCUCCUCAGGCCUGUUGGACAAUGUUCUUAGUGACUACCUGUGGGCGAAGGCAGUUCUCCUCACAUCGACGACGGUGGCCACUGCAGGCCUCACGAUUCAGGUCCCCAUGGCUGCUGUCGUGGACACCCUGAGAGGCGAUCCUCCUCAUCUGACGGGUUUCCUCGGGGCGGCGGCCGCCAUGGCCGGCUUUGCUGGGAUCAACAUCCCGUCGGGCGGCUGUUGUGGCUCUCACAGUGCAGUGCCCACCGAAGCUAGCUCCCCUGAUUCUGAUCCUCCAUCGGGUGAUAGUUGA